AUGUCCGUGGCUGCCGAGUGCCAACGCUGGCUGCGGCGGAAGCAGUACACGUUCGAGGUGACGUUUGCGCUGAACAUGUUCCGAUCGUGGGAGAAGAGCGUCAUAUACUCGGUCCUGUUCCUCCUUUGCAGCAUGACGUUUAUCGCCGCGGUGCUCUAUCUCCCGCACCAUAUUACCGUUCUUGCCGGCCGCGCGUGGUACUACAUCAAGGGGGAGCAUAUCAAUGUCGCUGCGGCGGCGCGGGAGGUCGUGCAGGAGGUGGUGUCCAAGAGCGUGGCUGGCGACGCGAUGCCGACGGCGGAGGCGGUCAGGGAGGCUGUUGUGGGCGCUAUUGAGAAGGAGUUGUAA